GAUGAAAGGGAAGACAGUCUAUGGCAAGGGAAGACAGUCUAUCGUGCAAAUAUGGAUACACUCUUCCGAAGGAUCCAACCUGUAAUUUGCUAUGUAGUUGGACAGCAACAGAUCCAUCAACAUAUCUUAUUCGUGGAAAGACUUAUUUGGAUGACAGAAAAAAGAUUAAAGCGAAAGGCACAUUGAUGGAAAUGGUUGGUGCUGACUGGUUGAGAUCUGACAAGAGAGAAGAUGAUCUUGGUGGCCGUCCCGGGGGCAUAGUUCAGAAAUAUGCUGCUAAGGGGGGUCCCGAGUUCUUUUUUAUUGUGAACAUACAGGUUGAUUUGCUACUGGAAAGUGGAGAAUAUUUCUUAAGUGAUCAGACGAAUCAAACAAAGAAGUGGCAGGAGAAGCAAGAGAAACAAGCAGCUAAAGUGACUGAAACCAAAAGGAAACGAGAAGAGGCAUUUUUAUGAUCAACAAUAUUUUAUUGGAUUUGAUGUAGGAUGAUUGUAUGAUAGAUACUUUUUCAAUGUAGGAUGAUAAAGAAUAUUUGAAAUUAAUGAAUGACCUUUUUAUUA